AUGCUCGACCCAGUCAACCCACGCUCCGCCCACUGUCAACCCACGCUCCACCCACUGUCAACCAACGCUCCGCCCACUGUCAACCCACGCUCCGCCCACUGUCAACCCACGCUCCGCCCACUGGCAACCUACGCUCCGCCCACUGUCAAUCCACGCCCCGCUCACUGGCAACCCACGCUCCGCCCACUGGCAACCCACGCCCCGCCCACUGGCAACCCACGCUCCGCUCACUGGCCCAUAAUGCUCCACCCACAGUCAACCCACGCUCCGCUCACUGACAACCCACGCUCCGCCCACUGGCAACCUACGCUCCGCCCACUGUCAAUCCACGCCCCGCCCACUGGCAACCCACGCUCCGCCCACUGGCAACCCACGCUCCGCCCACUGGCAACCCACGCUCCGCCCACUGGCAACCCACGCUCCGCCCACUGGCAACCUACGCUCCGCCCACUGUCAAUCCACGCCCCGCCCACUGGCAACCCACGCUCCGCUCACUGGCCCAUAAUGCUCCACCCACAGUCAACCCACGCUCCGCCCACUGUCAACCCACGCUCCGCCCACUGUCAACCCACGCUCCGCCCACUGGCAACCUACGCUCCGCCCACUGUCAAUCCACGCUCCGCCCACUGGCAACCCACGCCCCGCCCACUGGCAACCCACGCUCCGCUCACUGGCCCAUAA